UUUGACUCUUUGAGAUAAUAUACCACAUAUAGGUCUCCUUUAUGCCCAAUGUAUUGUGCAUGUCUAAGCGAUUAGUUUUCGGGCAUAAAAGAAAAGUAGUAGAAGAAAAUGAAGAUUUGUAAACAUGACUCCGGAGAAGAAGAAGAAGAAACGCUCUCCUUGUGUGAUCUCCCUAUAUACAGCAGCAGCUCUUCGUCAGAUUGGGAAAAAUUCUCCUCACAAAGCUCUGUUUCCUCGUCUUCAACGUUGCCGUCCGACCACUUCUUUGAGUUCUUCAGUGAAGAAUGGAGCAGUAAUAAAUCAAAUCUCCCUCCUGAACAAAUCAUCUUCUUCGGAAAGCUUAUCAUUCCUCAGGUUGGAAUUGUCCCAGAAAAGGAGAAUGGGAAAAGAGUAAAGAGAAAGCAAAGAAAUGGGUCGUCAUCAUCGUCCAAGGUUGUCGGAAUGAGGGAAUCUGCUGAAUCUUUGUCGGCGCCCCCGUUUUGGAGGUCAAGAUGGUUUCAGUUCUUCUUCGGAAUGGGUGGGCUUCCUAAGGAGAUGGACUUGAGGGACUUAAGGAUUAGGCAGAGCCGCCGUGAAACGCCGUCACCGUCGUCAUCUCAUGGCGGUAGAGAAAAGAGGCUGUGGCGGGUGAUUAAAACGCUGAGUUGUGCUCGUGGCGGCGGUACCCAAGUCAACGCACACGCAAUUGUCCGUCAACGCCGCACUAUUGCCUGCCUAAGCUAUUAGCUACUCCGUACAACAUUAUACUUUAUUUAUUGUUAUAGAUUAAAUAAACAAAAAUGAUGUUUGUACCCACUCUUAUACUCACUUUUGUACCCAG